CUCUCCCCUGUGGUGGCCAUGUUCCUCCAUCAGUGGCUGAGGUGAUUUAGUGAGUGAGUGAGACAGCCAGUGGCGGGCGCUGUGCAUUCUUCUACACUCCUCUCCUCAGGACAGCAGCAUGGCAGUGGCAGUAGCAGUGGGCAGGCAGACUUCGCCAAAUGAUGACCUCAGAGCUUUGUCUUUAUCUGGACACGUGGGGUUUGAUAGUCUUCCUGACCAGCUUGUCAACAAAUCAACUUCACAGGGAUUCUGCUUUAACAUAUUAUGUGUUGGGGAAACGGGCAUUGGAAAGUCCACUUUAAUGGACACUAUAUUUAAUACAAAGUUUGAAAGUGAACCAGUUUCUCACAGUGAGCCUGGGGUCCGGUUAAAAGCAAGAAGCUAUGAACUUCAAGAAAGUAAUGUCCGUCUGAAGCUAACUAUAGUUGAUACUGUAGGAUUUGGGGACCAGAUUAAUAAAGAUGACAGCUACCGUCCUAUUGUUGAGUAUAUUGAUGCUCAGUUUGAAGCAUACCUCCAAGAAGAGCUGAAGAUCAAGAGGUCGCUUUAUAACUACCAUGAUACAAGGAUUCAUGCCUGCCUUUACUUCAUUGCUCCCACUGGCCAUUCAUUGAAAUCUCUUGACCUGGUCACAAUGAAGAAACUUGACAGUAAGGUGAAUAUCAUCCCCAUCAUUGCAAAAGCAGACACCAUUGCCAAAAAUGAGCUGCACAAAUUCAAAAGUAAAAUCAUGAGUGAGCUGGUCAGCAAUGGAGUUCAGAUCUAUCAGUUCCCUACAGAUGAAGAGACCGUCGCAGAGAUCAAUGCUACAAUGAGCGUGCACCUUCCGUUUGCAGUGGUCGGCAGUACAGAAGAAGUAAAAAUUGGCAACAAAAUGGCUAAAGCAAGGCAGUAUCCCUGGGGUAUUGUACAGGUUGAGAAUGAAAACCAUUGCGAUUUUGUGAAGUUGAGAGAAAUGUUAAUACGCGUAAACAUGGAGGACUUGAGAGAACAGACGCAUGCAAGCCACUAUGAGCUGUACAGACGCUGCAAACUUGAAGAAAUGGGAUUCAAAGAUACCGACCCAGAUAGUAAGCCCUUCAGCCUCCAGGAAACGUAUGAAGCAAAGAGGACUGAAUUCCUUGGGGAACUGCAGAAGAAGGAGGAAGAGAUGAGACAAAUGUUUGUCAUGAGAGUGAAGGAAAAGGAAGCUGAACUUAAAGAAGCUGAAAAAGAACUCCAUGAAAAGUUUGAUCUCCUCAAGAGGACUCACCAGGAAGAGAAGAAGAAGGUGGAGGACAAGAAGAAGGAAAUUGAGGACGAAGUCAGCAUGUUCCAGAAGAAGAAAGCAGCCACACAACUCCUCCAGUCCCAAGCCCAGCAAGCUGGAUCCCAGCAAACCAAGAAAGACAAGGACAAGAAAAACGCAAGCUUCACAUAAAGUGUGCCAAGCCCAGGAUGCCCUGCCAUUCACCUGCUUUUUGCAGUAAUGUGUCCCUGCCAUUUGUGUUCCUCGACACAGAUCACUAAUUACUCACUAAACACACCAUGUUUGGCUGCACGUGGGAAAGACUGCGUGCAUUUGGACUCUGUUUUGUUUUGCCUGGAAGUGAAUGUUGCCAAGCCUGGUCUGCUCCGAAUGGCAAAAAAGUGUGCCUUUUUGCCAGUCACUCUUUUGCUCCUGCUGGCUUAAACCCAUCUAAUCCUUGAAGAUUUUACCUGCAUGUAUUUAGAAUGGACCCCUCAACAGGACUGCUCUUCGGACAUCAGACAAUGGCCGCUUUUAGUCAGCUGACUAAUGAGCAGUCUAAGCGUGACUACCACUUAUAAAAUUCAGUUGAACAUUGAACAAAAUCAGCCUUGAUUUUUUUUUUCACUAUGUACUUACAUAUUGUGACGAUUUCUGAUUUAAUUUGUAAAUAGUUUGCUCGUAUGGCUAAAACUGUCUUAGAAAACCAUCUCUAAUUCCCCUCAAACACCAGUGUGAAUUGUUCCACUCGGCUUUGCACAUCUAAUUUGCUGAAAUCUGACAUCACCGUAAUUAUAAAACAUUUCACCCUGGUUAAGGUUGUACUGACAAAACAAAACUGAAACAUAUUUGUGAUUUUUAAAGGUGCUGCUAACUAAGCAUAUAACCGCAAAGAAAGACCAAUCCCACGUUCAUGUCAAUAAGCCUGUAUUCUAUUUUUUAUAGAGAGGGUGCUAUUGCAGCAUUGUAGGUCUUGGCUUACUGCAGCAGCUUCAUGCUUUUGCUUUAUUUUCUAUGUCCUGGGCCUAAAUUUCCCUCAUGGUGCACUAUGGUUAGGCAAGGCAACUGGCUAACAAAGCAACAAGAACCUUCCUGUUUUCUAAAAGUGUUACAAAGCCCCAAUAAAUGUAACUUUGAAGUAUUCCUUACUUCUGUACAUUUUACUUCAGAGGGCAGGAUGUGUGUAUGUAUGUGUGUGAAGGAGCUCCUUGACCUCUCUCCAUUGCUGUUCUUUUCAAGUUUAAGAGUAAACUGUCCAAAUUGCCAUCCCAAUCAGAUGUUGUACUGGCAUACAUGGUAAGAUAAAUGACUAAACUGUGUCUUAUAUUCUUUCUAUGCAAUUUUUUCUGGACAGCUCCUUACCCUUUCUGAUACAUUCCAAGAAGUGGCGACCCAUGUUUACCUAUUGACUUCUGGAUUUCUUUCUCUUCUGAUGAUGUUUGACCUGAUUCUUUCUGCUCAUAGCUAGGUAGCCUGUCUCUUUUCUUGUUCACAAGCUCACCUGGAUCACUCCCCUUUCCCCACCUCCUCCAGAAAUGCACAUCCCACUCUGCCUGCAGCUGAUCCCAUCGCUUGUAAGCCAAGCGUGCUUGAAUGCAUCCAAUAUGCAUCUUUGAUACUUGAUAUUACCAUCAUGGGGGCAGUGUUUAAUUUUAUUUCUCACUAACUAAACAUGGCUCUGGGUAGCAUUAGGAAUGAAAAAGACCACUAUGCAAACAUAACUGACCAGGAACACUAGAGACUAUAGGAUACUCUAUAGGUGCAGGGCCAGAAAUCUGAUCCUAAACCAGUUUCCUAACCAUUCGUUACGUUUGGUCAUUCAUUCAUAAGUGCUCGAAAUAUCAUGCUUUGGUUGUCUUUUUGUGUGCUGCUUUUGCUGUGUCUGUAUUUCACAUUUAAAUAACAUUUUACAAUUACCAUUAGUGGGCUUUUUUUUUUUCUGCCAUGUUUCACAUUGUAGUAAUGGAUAUUGUCAAAUAAACCAUGGCUUAUCUCAGGAAUGUCAGCCUUAAUGUGAAUUGUUGCCUACUCUUAGUGCAGGCAGCCAUUUUGUGAGCUAAAUUUCAGCUGCAUUCAUCAGUUCCUGAUGUGUAGCAUUGUAUGAUUUCUUCAGCCCACAGAAUUUCUGUCUGAUUUCUCUGUGGUUAAACCCUGAUCCUUAAGGGCUGGAUAGAAGUGUGAGUAUCCAGUCAUUCUGGUAGCACAGCUGGAAACCCACCUGAUUGGAAACCACCUACAUAAAAUUGAUAGGUUAGUUGCCUUUAGCCAACUGUUGCUAGUUUGGUUAUAGCUGUGUAUAUCGAUUUUUAAACUCUUGCACGGUUUUUACAAUUUUUUUUUUUUUUUAGAUAUAAUUAGACAUAUUUUUAUGUGGAGAAAAAAAGCCAAGUAUACAAUUCAUGCAAUUUAUGCAGUGAAUCUUUCAAGCCUUAAUUUCAUUACCUAUCCCUGGGCCAUGUUUAGCACAUUAGCCCUGCACCUGUAUGUCGUUCUUUCUGUCUCUAUUUUUUUCCACAGUAGUCCUUGGCUGUGCACGGAGUAAAAUGGCUUCCCCGCUAUCUGUUUGGAUGCGCUUUCCCUUCCAGCACGUAAGUAUUUCCGUAGUAUGGUCUAAUGAGUUCUCAGGUACAAUUGCUGAGUGCUGUAAAUAUGGGCUGACAUAACAAAGAAUAAGCUGAUGUGUAUUUUUAAUACUUAAAUAGUACAUGCAAGUAACUUAAUAAAAACUUGUGAGUAGUAUAAAACCAUAAGAUUCUUUAGAAAGAUUGAUUGAAAAAUAAAUCUAGUUGAAGGGGAUAAAAGGAGACGCCUGUAUGCAUGACAGACUUUAUCAUUUUCUUUUCUUAUCUCUAAGGUUUUAAACGUGCCAUAGCUUCUUGCAGAAUAGUCACACUGUGAAUACUGCAUAUAGAGCUGAAUUUUGUAGGGGAAUGUUGAAGCAGCCGUUGGGGGGGGAGGAGUUUUAUUAUUUAGUUUAUUGGCACAGUUCACAUUUUAUACCAUCUUUCAUGUUAAAAGUAUAUUUGGGGUAUAAAUUAAGCAUAGCGGUUUGUGGCUGUGCCUGCAUAGCCACAUCAUUCCUGCCAGGAACUGUAUUAUAACAAUGAUUGCAGGGUAGAUGGGACUUGCAGAGAGUGUGCUGGUAAGUCCUUCUCAGUGGCACUUCCUCCAGCCAGACCACUACUUUAUUGGGCUUAUGUCGCAAACUUUGUUUACUUUACCUGCUAUUUUAUGCAGAGUUGAAGCUUUAUCUUCAAUGGAUCUGGCACAGAUCCUGGAAGGCUAUGAGUUUAUGGGGGCCAAGAGGGUAAUUAAAGAAGAGCUCCAGUCUCCCCCAAAGUCCUCACCCGAGCCGAUUCUUCAAUGGGCUCCAGGGGCCAGCAUCGUAACUAAAGGAAAAUGGCAGUGAAGCCUUGCUGCUUCACAGCCGGUUUACGACUGCACAUGCGUGGGCCAAGCUUUGUGACUGGCCCCGCAGUCUUUUUGGACCUGUGAUGUUAAAGAUAUAAGCCUGCAGAAAGAUGGGGGGGGGGGGUUUAAGUCCAGUUCUACAUUUGUAUCCAGAGACAGGCAACAUGCCCGUCUCUCUGCCCUGUGCAUCAGGGCUGCGGCUACCCAGACACACACACACACACACACACACACACACACACACCUAUCACUGGUUGUUAAGGAUGCUGUUGGCUUCACAGCUGAGAGGCUUCUAGCAACCAGUGAUACUGGCAGUGGGCAGGGUCUGAUGGAGAAGCUGAAGGACUAGUUUCCCAUAAGGUCUGCUUUCAUCUUGUGAUUGACAGCAGGUAGUGGGCGGAUUCCAUAGCCAAUAGCAGACAGUCUCUGAGCUAUGAAAUCUGCCCAUUGCCUGCUGUCAAUCACAAGGGGAGCAGACCUGGUGGGGAACCUAAGGCUGCUGCGCUGUCUUCGUAACAGCUGCAGCGGCAGGGAGAGUUCUCGGCUGCACUGGGGAUGUAGUGUCUAUUUGGAUACUUUGGCCCAGUGCUCGCGCCUCAGCAGGACAAAGCGGGUGCAUGAAUUUGCAGCAAGCAUCAACAUUUUUCAUGUGGAGGCACUGUAAAAUUCUAAAGAAUUUAAUUCUACUUAAAAUAUGUAUUAAGUGCUGUGACAUAGCUGGCCUGCCUCUGUAUAUAGAUUAAUUCCACACAGUAUAUUUUACACUGAGCAUGAAUUGCAGCGGUUUUAUACAGUACAUGAUCAACCUGCUUAUUGACAUCUAUUGCCUCUUCAUAUUAUUUAAAUAAGCCUUUCAGGUUAGAUAUCUUAUAUGUUAGUGCAGGGUCAGUACAAACAUUCUUUACUUAUUGUAGUCUUGUCUUGCCUGUGUGUACCCUUCAGCUCUGUGUUCUAUUGCUUUGCUUUUCCUUGCUUCUUCCAGUAAUUCAUGGGUCCUUACAUUUUCUCAUUGUCCAGCUUUAUCAAGUCCAUCAUGUCCUGUUCAUUUGCAGUGCAUUUGGAUAAACAAGUUGUAUGCCAUCCGGAAAGCUUGAGGAUGCAGCAUAACACUCACUGUCACUUUUUAAUAUGGUCUUUUUUUUUCUCUUUGAACAUAAAGCUGUGAACAGCAUUAGGAAUAAUGUAAUGUUAUACUUACAUUUUUUUAUAUAAAUAUAUACCAUUUGCCUUAAAUUGUAGCUUUAGGAAUUUGAAUACCAGUGUUGUUAAAGAUAUAAAACGGAUGUCUUGUCUUGUUUUUUCCCUUUUUUACCUUGCAUCCAGUGUUAAUGCAGUAUUAUUGAAAUUGAUGCAUAUAGUAGGCACUUGUUAUGUGUUUGAAUUUUUAAACAUUUUGUCUUUGAAAUAUAAAACUAUACAAGUUAUUUUGAAUACAAUUUUGUAUGCUAGACAGAGGACAUGUUUUGUUGCCAGCACUCAACAAAAAAUAUACUUUUAUCCCAAU